AUAGACAACGAGUGGCAUGUAUUGGCCGAGUAUUCUUUGUGGACGAGAAGCUUGGUUACAACUUGUUGGUCAUUUGGCAUAGCUUUGCUUUCUGGCCCUUGCUCAGUUCAUAUUUUUAUUUCGUAUACGAAGCUUCAUCUUUCAAAUAUAUGGUGAUUUCUCAGUAAAAGAAACAUGACUGAUUGAUGUGUAAAUAAAGAGGAAAAAAAACAGGAAAGCAGCGCUUGUUACAUUCUCCGAUAUGCAAAUGGCAAUGAUGUUAAGAUGUGGGCAUGGAGGAGGUGGAGUUGGAGUUUCAAGUUUUCCAUCAUCUUCUUCAUCUUCUUCAUAUUAUACUCACAAUUCAAAACCCACUUCCUUGUCUUCCUCAAUUCAUAUGCUAGUAACACGACGCAGAAACAUUGCCUGCUUUGCUGUGCAAGAAUCAUCUAUUAAAACAGUGGCUGCAGAUACAAAGGAGGCAGAGGCAAAGGCAAAGGAGGCAGAGGCAAAGGCAAAGACUGCUCCAAAAGCAGCUCCUGCAAAACCCAAAGCUCCAGCAAAAGCUCCAGCCAAGCCGUUGCCUCAGAUGAUGGAAGAAGAUGUAAUCCCGUCACUUCGAUCCAUACUUGAAGCUCAACAAGACAUCUCGGAGCUUGAACUCUCUUUCCAAGACAACAGGUUGGAAGGUUCAUUUUUGAAGAAGGGCAAUCCAUAUUCAUUCUGGGCAUUCUUUCCCAAUGGAGUCCUUACCGGUCCAAAAGGCUUUUCUCUAUCCUCCUAUGGCUCAGGAGCAAGCACUGUCGAGCCCUUUCUCAUCGACGAGAAGAAAAUUACAGCAAAACAUGUUGUAUUUUGGGUGGAAAAGCGUUUGGCAGCUCAAGGAAUCAUCCCUGUGUGGAAAGAUUAAACUCCUGCAGCAAGUUUUAUAGAUUCAUUCCAACCUAUGCAUAAUGGUCAAUCGGUGUCAUGCAAUUUUUUUGCUUAAUGACUGUAUAAUAUAGCAUAUUGUUAAUCAAAGGAGAUCACAUUGUUUAUAUCUAAUUGCACCUUUCAAAUA